CGCUGCAUCACUGCACCUGCUGCCGACUAGACAGAGCCCACUGACCAUGGAUGCCUGGCUGCACUGAUGACAUUGUAGAUCUGUCUCAGGACUUUUAGGGUGCUUGCAUUUUAUCAUCCCAGAAGCACAGAACUCUGGCACCGACGCCUCAUUUUUUUCUUAAGUGUCUGUCUCCGUCUGUCUCUCUCUCUCUUUCCCUCCCUUUCUCUCUCCCUCCCUCUUUCUCUAUUCUCUUCUUCACUCUCUUUCACUCCAGAGACCUUUGGCUGCUCAUAACAUACUGCUCUACCUGCUAAGCCUCCACCCAACUCAUAGACACACAACGAGAGAGGGAGUAAGGCUUGUCAAACUUUCAGCCAUGUGUCCCCUUCGUCUGCCUCUCCUGGCUGCUCUGCUGGGUCUUGCCCUGAGCCAGUACGAUUAUGGAUAUGACUACCAGCCUGCGGAGGUCAGACCCCCCACCCCUCGCUGCGCAGACGAGUGCGAGUGCCCCACACAUUUCACCAGUGCCAUGUACUGCAACAACCGCGAGCUGAAGGCUGUUCCCUUCGUGCCCACCGGCAUCAAGUACGUCUACCUGCAGGACAACCACCUCACCGAGAUCAAGGCUGGCGUGUUCGACAACGUCACGGACCUGCGGUGGCUCAUCCUGGACAACAACGCGCUCACCAACGAUAAGAUAGAAAAGGGCUCCAUUGACAAGCUCACCAAACUGGAGAAGCUGCACAUCAACAACAACAAGCUCACCGAGGUUGUGGUGCCCAAAUCCAGUGCCAUGGAGGAGAUCAAGAUGAUGAGCAACGAGAUUACGAAGUUCCCCGCCGGCCUGCUCUCAGGGAUGGACAACCUCACCGCUGUGCACCUCUCCAAGAACCAGCUCACCACGGAAGGCAUCACCGGUGCCUUCAAGGGCCUCAAGUCCCUGAUGCUGCUGGAUGUCAGCGAGAACAAGCUGAAGAAGCUGCCCGCCGGGCUGCCCAGCUCGCUCAUGAUGCUCUACGCAGACCACAACGAGAUUGAGAGCAUAGCAGUCAGCUACCUGCAGAAGCUGCCCACGCUGCAGUACCUGCGCAUGUCCCACAACAAGCUCCAGGACUCGGGUGUCCCCGCCGGUGUCUUCAACGUGUCCGCCCUCAUCGAGCUGGACCUGUCCUACAAUAAGCUGGGGGCCAUCCCAGAGGUCGGGGAGAACCUGGAACAUCUAUACCUGCAGGUCAACGAGAUCAGCAAAUUUGACGUCUCAAGCUUCUGCAAGGUGGUGAGCCCAGUGAGCUACUCCAAAAUCAGAGACCUGCGUUUGGACGGCAACAACCUGACCCCACAAAGCAUGCCCAUGGAAGCAGCCCAGUGCCUGCCCCUGGCCACGGAAGUAGUCAUCUAAACUGGAGACCAACCAAGCCCCCUCACCGCCACCACACACACCCCCACACCCCCUACCUCCCCAUGCCUCUCCCAAUUCCUGAUCUGGACGGCGUUUCCUGAAAGCGUCGUCAAGCAACCACCGUGGUAUUCGUGGAGAGAGAGUGUUCAAAACGAUAGUCUCUCUAUCAUUUACCUACAGUAGUUGUUCAACGGCGCUUUCGGGAAACACACCCCUGCUCCUUUCGGUGAUCUUUCCUUCACAGUCACUGUUGAUUGAAAGGAUUGAUAUUGAUGUUUUACCCUCAGAUAAACACAUAAACUGUCCUCUUUAAAGAGUAAAUGAACAGGUUUCUUUACAGUUCCAUGAGUAGUGUGGAGGAACAGGUCAUCUAAAAUUAAUUUUACACUGAUUUUCUACUUACAUACUAUCCAGUCAAGCAUUCAGUUCAAAUCCAAUGCAGAAACAUUGUGUGUUAACAUUGCUAACAAGUAAUGGAAAUGUAUAUGACCAAAAUUAGCAUGAUGUUAAAUGUAUGCCCAAUGUAUUAUCUCAAUCAUGGACAAAAUGGUGUGUUUGAAAUUGUACCAUGUUGCUGUGCCAUGUAGUGUCAGACAAUCUCAUUAUUAGUUAGAGUUGCCAACUUCCUGAAAUGGAAAUAAGGAACUCUGGGAACUAAGGAACUCAUGACAGACAGGUUGUGGAACAUAACAUGACAGGUUGAGGGAGAUCAUCAGGGUUUCCUUCUAUCUCAUUCAAAUCGCCCUGUUUUAAUAGUCUUACCUGUAAUAUGUCUCUCCCAUAGAUUUGUACUGAAUUGAUUCUCAAAAAUGCAGAGCCCAGCACGUCCUGUAUCAGUUCAAGACAGAACAUUUCUUUUAGUCUCCAGUUACGGGAUGAUUCCAUAGUUUACGGAAUGGCAACUCUAUGUUUGGUCAACAUACUUUACAUGUUGUCAAUUUAGGGCUUAUAUACAUACAUACAUACAUACAUACAUACAUACAUACAUACAUACAUACAUACAUACUUAUAUAAAUACAUACAUACAUACAUACGUACAUACAUGCAUCAGUUGUUAGCAGUGAUAGAAUGCUACAACAAAAGUGGAAUGAUGCUGUCUGCACUUGGAUAGUAGGAAUUGAAUAAAUGUUAAGUGAACUUGAAUUCAGUGAACAGUGAGAGACAAGCUUAGACAAAUGAAUAAAAAAAUAAAUAAAUCAUAGGGUACCAAACCAUCCACCCAUGGGUGUGAUGUGAUGUGCACCAUGAUAUAUGCUGUAGACAACAUGUUCUCAUUGGCGCACCUAACACUUACAAAUGUAUGAAUUACUUUUGCUUUUUGUCACUGUGGCUUGCUGUCAUGAAAUGUAAGUGUUCAUAACUCUGUAUGCAAGACCUGGCACUUACAAUAAUGCAUAAGGAAUCAAUAAGAUGGCUGUAAUAAGAUAAGACCUACUGCAAACAUAUGCUGUAAUAAAAACUAGUGAGGGUGCCAAUAAAGUGUCUCUGGAAAGACAGCCUUAGCAUCUCUGAUUUCAAGCUAUUAAUGUAGCUAUUAGCUUGCAUCUUUCAAUGGUUAUCAUGAAGUUGUUAUUUUUCUAAUUUUUUUCAAAUAUAUAAUGAUAGCGUGGAUCGUUGCAGCAAUGCAAAGUCAUAUAACUGAAUAUGUUUGAAUAUGUGGAAUUGUAAAAGUGUGAGUCAAUAAAACGUUUUCCUUACAUUA